AUGGCCACCUCCACCAUGUCUGUCUGCUCGAGCGACCUGAGCUACGACAGCCGGGUCUGCCUGCCCGGUUCCUGUGAUUCUUGUACUGACUCCUCCUGGCAGGUGGACGACUGCCCAGAGAGCUGCUGUGAGCCCAGCUGCUGUGCCCCCAGCUGCUGCCAGUCCAGCUGCUGCCAGCCCAGCUGCUGUGUCCCCAGCUGUUGCCACUGCUGUGCCCCAUCCCCCUGCCUGACCCUCAUCUGCACCCCAGUGAGCUGUGGGUCCAGCCCCUGCUGCCAAUCUGCCUGCAGCAGCUGCUGCACACCCUCAUGCUGCCAGCAGUCUAGCUGCCAGCCCUCAUGCUGCACCUCCUCACCUUGUUGUGUGACCCUUUGCUGCAAGCCUGUCUGCUGCACACCCAUCUGCUCUGGAUCCUCCUCAUGCUGCCAGCAGUCUAGCUGCCAGCCCUCAUGCUGCCAAUUUUCCUGUUGUGUGCCUGUCUGCUGCAAGCCUGUCUGCUGCAAGCCCUGCUCCAGUGUGUCCCUGCUCUGCCGCCCUGUGUGCAGACCCGCCUGCUGUGUGCCCAGCUCCUCCUGCUGUGCCUCCUCCUGCCAGCCCAGCUGCUGCAAGCCCUGCUCCAGCAUGUCCCUGAUCUGCCGCCCUGCCUGCUCCAGCCAGGCCUGCUGUGGCCUCUCCUCGGGCCAGAAGUCCAGCUGCUGA